CAUAAAUCAACACAUCCACCGCAAAAAUAAUACAACAAUCCAACAAGCAAACAAUCACAAUGACAUCCACAAUGACCAUCACAGCAACAAAGACCAGUGCCAGCCAAAAGCUGGGACUGAGGCUUGACCGCUUGGAAAAUGGAACCUAUUUGGUCAAGGCCUUGGAGGCUGGUCUCUUGCAGGGCUCUGGGCUCCAACCGGGACAAGAGGUCUUGUCCAUCAAUGGAACAGAAGUCACGGGCAUGGAUUCCAACAUAGUCCUGUCUUUACUCACAUCUGCGGUAGGAGAAGUCGCCAUCCGAGUGGUGCCCCAAAUUAAGCAUCGACUCACCAGCCAAGUGCAAAGCUUUGGCAUGCAUUGCGAACUUGUCGAUACCCAGCCACAUCUCGCGCCAGAAUUCAACCAAACUGUAGCACAAGUCAAGAUGGAGCGAUACAGAUCGGUACCAAGAAUGCUUCAAGACAUGGGUGUCAGCGAACAGACAUGGAAGCACAUCACGGACGCGUUUGCCAAGGAUCUCGUGCCGGCGCUGAAACGUGCUUUGGCCAUGGAUGGGAUCUUUCGUUACGAAAUGGGGCGAUAUGUUCGUGCCCAAGUGAUCCUUGGAGGAAUAGCAGGAAAAGUUCAAGUUGGUACGGAGAGCAGUCGCGAGAAGAAAAUUCACAUGAUGACACUUCAAUCCGCAAUCCAACAUAACAAUCUUGCGAUGGUGGCCAACAAUGUGCUCGCCAAAGCAAAUGCCUUGUAAACAUGCCUGGCUUCAUGGCACAGCUAGACUUCGAGGAAAGGACACUGCCCAAAUUUUCCCAAAAUCAAAAAGGACAAAACAAGGUCAUGCUGCCCCGUGGCAUUACCUUUACUCAAAUCCGAGGAAGAGCAGCAGCCGCAACACUCCAUGAGCUGCCAGUGGCAUUGGCAUUUCCCACCUCGCAGGAUCUCGCAGAUGACAGCGUUGAUGUGUAGACCCGAGCCUUAGUGUAAUGAAACUUGAAAUUAGCCUACUAUAGUAAUGAAACUUGAAA